AUGGCCUACGUCCAAGUAGAAGCCGACGACCGCUUGGAGGAAGGCCCCGAAGGCCUCCAGUUCAAAUCAUUUCUCGGCGCCGACGCCUCCGCUCAUGGCGUAUCUAGCGCACAACGCAGUCCCGGUGUCGGGAAUACCGACCGCCGUUACAUCUCCGACGAGGCCAACCAACGCAAAGGCAGCGGGAGCUUCUGGAAUAUUGAGUACUACCAACCGUACUUUGACAUAGAUACCAAAACUGUCCUCGAGCGGUGCUACACGACACUUAUGCCUUGGACCCCUUCCUUCCGCACUUACUUCUCUUCAUCGCUCAACCCGCCCGACCUCUAUGGCCCCUUCUGGACGCUGACCACCCUCAUAUUUGCCCUAUAUUUAUCGUCAUCCCUCGCCGCGUCCAUAACGAGUUAUAUGUCCCCAGUAGGCGCAGACCCAUUCGAUUACGACUUUGGCUUGCUCAGUAUCGCAGUAUCGCUCGUGUACCUGUAUGGACUCGCGCUGCCCGUACUACUGUGGCUUGGCCUGCGGUACCUGGGUGUAGGGGAGUGGAGCGUGGUUGAGGCAGUCGCAGUGUGGGGAUACAGCCAGUUCGUGUGGAUUCCAGUAUCGUUCCUGUGUGUUAUUCCAGUCCGCAUUUUGCGCUAUGUCCUCGUUGGGAUUGCAUGGGGACUCUCAGGUUACUUCCUCGGGUUAAAUGUAUACCCCAUUUUGGCAUCAGCCGAAGCAAAAGCCACACGACUGCUCAUAAUCCUCCUCGCAGCGCUCCAUACGGGCAUCGCCAUCGCGUUUAAAGUGCUGUUCUUUAGCUAUUAUAUUAAGGUGUUGGAUGGGGCUCCGGGUGGAGAUACAAAGACUGGCGGCGGAAGCGGUGCAGGGAAUUCGACAAAUCCUAGGUGGCUGUGA